AUGCAACAUCGAAUCUGCCUCGUCCUUACAGCCCUAUUUAGUGUGGCAUAUUCUCAGGAGCCCCGAAUCACAGCUGCCCCAGAGAAACUUUCCAAACGCCAGGGAAACGUGAUUGAGUUACACCAAGACUAUGCCGCCCCAAUCGGUGUGGACACAAAUUAUCUCACGGUGGAGGGCACUACCACCAAGCCCCAGCUUGCUGUAGCUACUGCCACCAAGGCUUCGGAGGGAAUCAAAGCCGGCGAUGUCACUAUUCUGCUGUCCGAGUCUGUUCAGAAUGAACUGGACGUCAUUAUCAAGGAAGCUGCUGCGUCCUGCGCUGCUCCGUCCAGGCUAGGAAAACGCGAUGGUAUGAGUUGUAUGAUCAAUGCUAUGCAAGGAGCCGCCCAGAAUGACGAAGCUCUGGGGCUCGUGAACCCUGCGGAAUGGGAAGGAUUCGUCCUGGAGCUUGCAGACAGUGCACCCGAGAUCCUCGGAGCCGCGGUCCAAGUUCUCAAGACCCAGGCCCAGAAGAACAAGUUUGCGAUCAUGGUUGCUGCUGCAGGCGCUGCUGGGGCCUGGGCGGUCAGUGAAGGUCUUGAGCCCCUUGUCGAGGUGGCUCACAAGUUCGUCUUUGGCGAUGGUCUGUUUGGUCAUGCAAAGGACGAUUCAGCCAAGGAUGGGGAUAAUGGUGAUCCCACACCUACGAAGGCGGCGACAAGUACGACUACAGGUUCCUCAUGUGGGCCUUCGGGUACAGUAAAUGAGAACUCGCCCGCCUGCGAUGACGCCGAUUGUAAGGGAAAAGACAAGGUCUGUCAGGCCGACGGUGAAAAUAAAAGAUGCCCAUGCGUUUACUGGACCAAAAGUAUGAUUGAAGGGCUGUUCGACAAAAAGUGGUCCGACGAACAACAAAAGAUCUUGAAGGAACUUGAAGCUGGGCUGCCGAAUGUGAUUCCUCCUCAGUGUUUCCGCAACACAUACGGCGACGGGUUUGAUGGAAAGCCGAGGGCAGAGCCGUCUGCGUUCUGUCACUGCUCAAGCGCUGGUGCCGAAGGGGGCAUGACCAGAGGGAGCUUUCCCACAUUGAAAGGAGAGGGCGACAUGGCCUGCACAUACUCGACGAUGCCUACGCAAACAGUCAGCAUCACCAAGAGACCAAAGCAGACGGCAGUCACAUCCUGCAGACUAGAGUCAAGUCAAAUCUCGGGACCGUAUUGCACAUGCAACGAUGACAAAAUUCACGGAGAGAUCGUAACGACGUACCUCGACAAGGAGACAACGGUCUGUCCCGAUGCAACGGCUACCAUGACUGGCAUCCAAGACGGCACACCCACAGCGGAGCCCUCUUGUUAUCCAACCCAUGGCCCCGAGCAUUCGAAUCCCGCAAUGGAUGAACUGAUCAAGAUUUGCAACGCAGACAAGUCAGAUUUUGCUGCUGUCUGUCGUACCAAUGCCAAUCGGAACAUUGAGGUUCGCUGUCACGGGCAGAGAGGCCCGUGGGAGCCCAUCAACAACAAUAAAUACUUUGCUUGGUUCAAGCCUGCAGACAAGGCUCCAGGGGACUGCAAGUAUCUUUUCGGAGACAAUGGUGCAAAGGACAAUGAUGCCGUGGGUGCUCGGGUCGAUGCCCUUUGCAUCCCAGCAUUCGAGGCUAUCAAGAAGAAGUGCUCGUGGAAUGGGGGAGAGGUCAAGAACCAGUGCGGCACCUUUGUGUAUCAAUCUUGUCCCCUGUCGAAAUGGUGUGAGCCGGGGCACCCUCAAGGCAGUUGA